AUGAAGCCAUUGCUGAAGGGUUUAGUGAGUUCCAAAGCAGCUCCGUUUCAUCGUGAGAGGACGUAUAGUAGGAGGAUUUUGUUGGUGCUCUGUGUGGCCUUAGAGCUCAUCACUGUUCAUUCGUCUGCAGUGCUGGGCACUCUUGAGCUGCAGUUGGAUGAGGAGCAGCCGGCAGGCACAAUUGUUGGUGACAUCAGUGCUGGAUUACCACCUGGUGUCACAGCGUCCCUCUUCUUUAUCUCGGAUCAUGAGGGCACAGGUGUAGGAACUGACCUGGAGAUUGAUGAAAGCACGGGCAUUAUAAAGACAGCAAAGGUUCUGGAUCGAGAAGUCCGUGACCGCUACAACUUUAUUGCUGUCACUGUGACAGGUGUGGCUGUAGAAGUGACUAUUUUUGUCAAUGACAUCAAUGACCACGCUCCCUUGUUUCCCAGACAAAGGGCCACUUUCAGAAUCCCUGAACAGACAGCCAUUGGCACCAGGUUUCCCCUCGAACCAGCCUUGGACGCCGACAAAGACCAGCUGACCACUCAGGGUUACCUGAUAGCGGACGGUAAUCAGGGACAGGCCUUUCUCCUAGAGACCAAACGGGGCUCAAACGAAGUGCUUUACCUUGACCUUGUGGUCAAUGCUAUUUUGGACAGGGAGAAAGGGUCCUCCUACACUCUUCUUCUAGAAGCUUUUGAUGGUGGUUCACCAAAGAAAAUGGGGCAGAUGAUCUUAGAUGUGACUGUGCAGGACAUCAAUGAUAAUGCACCUGUCUUUAACCAGAGUCGCUACGACGCUACAAUCUCAGAGAAUCUUCAGCCCGGUAAUAAUAUCCUACAGGUUUUUGCCACAGAUGCUGAUGAGGGAGACAAUGGCUUGGUGUUUUAUGAGAUCAAUAGGAGACAGAGUGAUCCCGACAGCUACUUUGUCAUUGACUCACAGACUGGAAUCAUCACUCUAAAUAAGCCUCUGGACUACGAGAUGAGAAAGGUCCAUGAGCUGGUUGUUCAGGCCCGGGAUAACGCAACCCACCCAGAGGUUACAAAUGCAUUUGUGACUAUCCAUGUAAGGGACUAUAAUGACAACCAACCCACCAUGACCAUCAUCUUUCUCAGUGAGGAUGGCUCACCGCACAUUUCUGAAGGUGCCCAGCCAGGUCAGUAUGUCGCUCGCAUAUCUGUGACCGAUCCUGAUUAUGGAGAAUACUCCAAUGUCAAUGUAUCUUUGGAAGGUGGCGAUGGAAAGUUUGCCCUGACUACCAAAGACAACAUCAUUUACCUAAUCUGUGUGGAUGAGAUUCUGGACCGUGAAGAGCAGGAUUUUUAUGAACUGCGGGUCAUGGCCACUGACUCUGGCACCCCCCCAUUACGGGCAGAGUCCUCUUUCACCAUUCAGGUGACAGACAUCAAUGACAACCCCCCUGUGUUUGACCAGGUGGAAUACACUCAGGUCAUUCCUGAAGUGGUCUUUCCUGGGAGUUUUGUGUUACAGGUUACAGCCCGAGACAAAGAUCAAGGUCCCAAUGGGGAGGUCCAGUACAGCAUUCUGCAUGAACAUGGCAGGCACUCAGAGUGGUUCACUAUUGACUCCAUCACAGGCAUCAUUAUCACCCUCACCCAGCUAGAUUACGAGAUUGACCCCACACCCACUUUGGUCAUAAUGGCCACUGAUGGGGGACGGCCAAGUUUGUCCUCCACCGCUGUGGUUAAAGUAAUCUUACAGGAUAUAAACGACAAUGAGCCCAUUUUUGGGAGCAACUUCUACAACGUGUCUAUUAAGGAGAACACAGCACCAGGAACCUGCUUCAUGGAGGUUACUGCCACGGAUGCGGAUGGUGGCUCAUUCGGCUCUGUCACCUACUCACUGGGCUCUGGGAUCAGCAGCCUGACCCCUCCUCAGUUUACCAUCGGCAAAGACAGUGGACGGAUCUGCACCAGCAUGGUGUUGGACCGUGACAAAGGACCAGUUAGUUAUGACUUCACUGUGACCGCCGUGGACGGGGGUGGACUGAACUCAAUAGCCUAUGUGAGAGUGGACUUGGUGGACAUCAAUGACAACACUCCGACCUUCUACCCCCUGACCUAUGCCGUCAGCCUGAGUACCCAGAGUGCCCCAGGAACCUCCGUUGUCAGGGUGAAAGCGCAUGACCCAGACAGUGGGGGGAAUGGCCGCGUGACAUACCGUACGGUCUCAGGAGGGAGCUCCCCGUUUUUCACUCUGAACAAAGACACAGGAGUUAUAUCACUCUCACGCUCUCUGCACGGGAAGGCCAACUCUGUCAUCUCCAUGGUGAUCUCUGCCCAGGAUGGAGGUGGUCUGAGUGCCCCUGUCAAUGCCACAGUGAACAUCAGCGUGGUGGCAGGGCUGAUGGCAGCCCCCGUGUUUGAGCAGAUGCAGUACUACUUCACCGUGUCUGAAGACGCACUACAGGGCACACAAGUGGGCAUCGUGCGAGCCAGCAGUAAAAACGGUGUCUCUAAGGAUAUAUCCUAUGCCAUCUGCUCAGGAGAUCCCAGCGGUUCCUUCACAGUGGACACCGAGACAGGAAUCCUGAGGACCAGUCUGCCCUUGGACCAUGAGACCCAGCCCACCCUGGAGUUGGAAGUCCAGGCUCACAGCGGAACCCCCCCGGCCUACAGCCAGACAUGCGUGCACAUCACCGUGGUUGAUGUGAAUGACAAUGCUCCUGUCUUCCUGCCCUCGUCUUCUGAAUCACUCAUCCUACAAGAGUUCACCAAACUGGGCACUGUGGUGUACAAGGUCCUGGCUGAAGACCGUGAUUCCGGACUCAACGGCCAGCUGACCUUUGACCUGGUCACCAGCAGCCCGCAGAGAACCUUCAGUAUUGAUCGCAGCAGUGGAGAGAUCCGUCUGAUUGGAAGUUUGUCCUAUGAGACCAUGCCUCGCUAUGACAUGCAGGUAAUAGCCAAGGACUGUGGGGCUCCACAGCUUAGUGCCACCCUAAUGCUCAUGGUGCAUGUGCAGGCAGAGAACAGCCAAGGCCCCGUGUUUGACACCCUCAUGUACCGUGUGGAGCUUAUGGAAAGCACCUCCCUCAACACUCACUUCUUGCAGGUGCGAGCCCUGAACAGAGAGGGCACAGGCGGUACAGGAGCAGGUUCUGCCUUGCUGCAGUACCACCUGCAUCCGGAUGGGGAUGCAGCAAUAUUUGGCAUUGACUCUAACAGUGGGUGGCUCUUUGUGAAGAGCUCUCUGGACAGGGAGGCCAAAGAGAUGUAUCUACUCACAGUUCUGGCCUCAUCUGGACAGGGCGAGCUGAAGAAAACCGGCAGUGCCACCGUGCGAGUGUCAGUAACUGACGAAAAUGACAACUCCCCAAGGCUGAGCCAGGAGAAGGCCUUCCUGGCCGUGCAGGAGAACCUCCCCGCUGACACAGGUUUUGGCCGUGUCUCUGCGACUGAUCGUGACGCAGGCCUCAACAGUCGCCUUACUUACCGCCUCCUGCAUCCCAGUCGCCACUUCCAGAUUAACUCACAAACAGGGGAAAUAAGUACCAGGAUGGCUUUGGACCGGGAGAAUCAGUCGAGUUACCAGUUGGUGGUGGUGGUUCAGGAUGCUGGGAUGCCUCCUCGCAGUGCCACAGGGACUGUCUUUAUUACAGUGCUGGACGAGAAUGACAAUGCACCUGCCUUCACUUACGCUCAAUCUAGGGGAGAGAUAUCUCUACAGGUGAUGGAGGGCCAGUCUUCUGGGGUUUUGCUGGGUACCUUACAUGCAAAAGAUCCAGAUGAGGGGGAAAAUGGGACCAUGUUCUACUCCAUGUCAGGUCCAAGAGCAGAACGUUUCUCUCUGAACCCAAACACCGGGGAAGUGCGCUCCUCCUCUACUCUCAGUUUUUCAGAGAAAGCUGAAUAUAUCUUCAGUGUGACAGUCAUGGACUGUGGCACACCUUCCCUCAGCUCAACCAGUACUCUCAGAAUACAGGUUUUAAGUUCAAGCAAAAGCUCUCAUCAAACCAACACCCGCUCUGUACACAUCAGCUUAGUAGAGGGAGCUAAACCUGGAUCUGCGAUUGGUUCUGUGCGAUCCCAUGACACACAGACACUUCCUGAACCAGGGGUGAUCACCUAUACAGUUGUUGGGAGCAAAGACCACGAUGGCACCUUCAUGGUUGACCGUCAGACGGGACAUGUUUACCUUGCCCGAGAGCUGGACUAUGAAAAGAACUCUUGCUACACCCUCCAGGUUGAGGUGGAUGACUUUUCCACUCCCUUCCCCAGCAGCCAUCUUGUCCUGCUGGAGAUCACUGUGCAGGACAGCAAUGACCACUCCCCACAGUUUCUGGAGGACCUUAUCACCAUUGUCGUCCCUGAGAACAUGGAGCCUGGGUCGUCCAUCUACACCUUCCAGGCCGUGGACAAGGAUGGGAGUACACCUAACAGCGAGCUGCUUUACUCCAUUCAGCACCAGUGGCCCAACAUUCAAAAUCUCCUGAUUCUGGACCCCAGCAGUGGGGUGCUUUCCUUAGGGCAGGUUCUAGACCAUGAGGCCAUCUCUGCAAUCUUCCUCGUGGUCCAGGCCACCGACUCACCCCUUAACAUCAGUCAGCAGCUCCGUGGUUCUGUGACAGCUCGAGUGUUUGUUACAGAUGAGAACGAUAACGCGCCUGUCUUCACCUCACCCAGCAUGGUCAGCGUGAUGGAGGACCAGCCAGUGGGGUUUGUGGUGCUCCACAUCAUGGCCAGAGACACUGAUCUGGGCGAGAAUGGCCGAGUGUCUUACCAAAUCCUGUCUGGAAAUUCUGAAGGGAAAUUCAGUCUCAAUCCCAACACUGGAUCUCUGUCAAUUCUCAAACCAUUGGACCAUGAGCAGCAGGACUUGUAUAAUCUGACCAUAGUAUCAGAAGACCAUGGAACCCCACAACAUUUCAGCACCCAGCUGCUGUCUGUACAGUUGAUCGAUGUGAAUGAUGAAGUUCCUCGAUUUGAGAAGAGUGAGUACAGAGCUUACAUUAAGGAGAACCAGCCCCCAGGAACCACUGUUCUUGUUGUGUCAGCCACAGACCUUGACCAAGGGACCAAUAGUCAGGUGACAUAUGGAGGUAUUGCUGAAGAUGGUUUCAGUAUUCAUCCAGUGUCAGGUAUCAUAGUGACAACUAAAGCACUGGACAGGGAGAUGCACGCACACUACAAUCUGACAGUGUAUGCUAAGGAUGGUGGUCUCCCACCUAAUUUUGCCAAAGCCACGGUGCACAUCACAGUUGAGGAUGUAAAUGACAACAGGCCAGUGUUUGGGAGGAUGUACUACAGCCUGGAGGUGCCUGAGAAUGAGGAGCCAGUGGCCCUGUUCACUCUGAGAGCCACUGACCCAGACUCUGGCCACAGAGGAGUGGUACAGUACAGAAUCAUUGAUGGUGACCCCUCACAUGACUUCCAUCUGGACAGGAGGUCAGGAAUGCUCUCCACCUCCAGACCUUUGGACAGGGAGAACAAAGACAGAUAUACUCUAACUGUAGAGGCCCAAGAUCAGGGUACACCUCCUCUAACUAGCACUGCUACCCUGGACAUCAGUGUCCUGGACCUCAAUGACAAUAGCCCUGAGUUCCAGAGUAGCAGCUACAUGGUGGAAAUUCCUGAGGACACCCCAGAGGGCUCUCCAGUCCUGGAGGUAACAGCCACUGACCAGGAUGAAGGUUCCAAUGGCCAAAUAGUCUAUUUCCUGAACCAUGAGUCCCAGGGUAUGUUCAUAGCCGACCAGCACACGGGCCACAUCAUCACCGCAGCGACACUGGAUCGGGAGAAGAAAUCCUUUUACAGCUUCCACAUCUAUGCCAUAGAUUCCUCCGCCACUAAUCCUCGCAACACUUCCACACAAGUUACCGUCCACGUCCUGGAUGUUAAUGACAAUGCUCCAUUCUUCAUCACAGACCCCCUCAUCAUUAAUGUGUCCAGCAGCGGUGUCUCCAGCCAUGGGGUUUUAGCCACCAUGAGAGCUGAGGACAAGGACUUUGGGGCCAAUGGCUCAGUGUUCUACCGCUUUGCCAACGCAGUCAGGAGUUUCACCAUUAACUCACUCACAGGGGACAUCCAGGCCACUGAGAAACUCCACACUCUGACCCAGAGUCAGCGAACCCUGAUUGUGGAGGCCAUGGAUCAAGGCAGCCCUCCUCAGUCGUCUCUGGGCGUAGUGGUAGUCCACAUCAUGGAGCAAAGCUAUAGAGGGAUCCAGUUUUUGCGCAAUACCAGGGACGUGAGUCUGCAGGAAAAUGCAGUCAGAGGCACUGCUGUUGUGCAGACACAAGCUCAGUAUCCAGAUGGCUCCCGCAGUGGCAUUACCUACAGCAUUUUCAGCGGCAACAAACUACGGUCCUUUAGCAUCAGCCCUACCUCAGGUGAGAUAUGGGUUGAGAACUCCACCAAUUUGGACUUUGAAGAAACCCCUAGACUCCGUCUAGUGGUCAAAGCUGAAACUGCAUCUUCCAGCUCCUUCAUGGCAGUCAACCUAAUGCUGCAAGAUGUCAAUGACAACUUGCCUCGCUUCCAGCUCCACAAUUAUGUUGCUUACGUUCGGGAAGCACAGGGCUAUGAUUUCCCCAUCAUUCAGGUGCUAGCUGAUGACCUGGACCAGGGUCAGAACGGGCAGGUGACCUACUCCAUAAGGUCAUCGUCCAGAAGUGACCUUUUCAGGAUAGAUGCUCUGACUGGCAGUGUCACAACUGCAGCCAUCAUGGACAGAGAGAUCUGGACAGAGACUAAGCUUGUUGUCAUAGCGACGGACAGGGGCACUCCACAGCUGGCUGGCUCCGCUACUCUGACUGUGAUCAUAGUGGAUCUGAAUGACAACAGCCCCACCAUCCCCGUGCCCCGUGAGGUGCGGGUGCCUGAAAGCACUCUAACUGGCACAGUUAUCACCAGGGUCACAGGAAAUGAUGUGGAUUCUGGUCCAGCCCUUUACUAUUCCCUGAAGCUGGACCAGAAUUCCCAGGGGAAGUUUGAAAUACAUCGAUAUGGAGGAGUAGUUUCUCUGACUGCCCCUCUGGAUUUUGAAGAGAGGACAUGGUACACUGUGACUGUACGGUCCUCUGAUUCUAAACACCACAGUGAAGCCAAUCUGACCGUUCUGGUGGAGGAUGUGAACGACAAUGCCCCAGUGUUCAGCCAGGACCUUUAUCAGGUGACACUAGCUGAGCAUUCAAAACCUGGAACUUCAGUGAUCACGGUUACAGCCACUGACCAGGACUCAGGAGAGAACGGCAGGAUCACAUAUAGAGUAGUAUCAGAAGGAAAAACAUUUUACAUCGACCCAAACAAUGGUACUCUGUUUAUCAGACAAAGGGCUGAAUUUGACUCAGAACAUCCAUCCUUCAUGGUGGUUAUUGAAGCUCAUGAUGGAGGCAUCCCACCACUGACUGCAGUUACCACUGUUCAGGUACAGGUGUCUGAUGCCAAUGACCAUCCUCCUGUAUUCCAGCAGACUGAGUACAGAACCACUGUGUCUGAAGACAAAAUCCCAGGAUCCAUAAUCCUCACACUGGAGGCAAUAGAUGAAGACCUUUCCAAGGAAAACUCUGGCUUUGACUUUGCCAUUGCUAGUGGAAAUACAGGAAAUAUCUUCCAAAUUGAGGGCAGUGUACGUUUCCUUGAAGGCAAGGGCUUUCAAACAGUUGGCACCCUAACCUUAGCUGAUGGGUUAGACUUUGAAGCAGUGUCUCUCUACAAUCUCACUAUUGUGGUUUCGGACUAUGGGAUCCCCCAGCGCAGUUCCAGUGUGUCAGCCUUAAUAAUAAUAACUGACACCAAUGACAACCCACCUGCCUUCACUCGAGCAGACUACAGUGUUGUUCUGAGUGAGGGGGCGGAGCCGGGCUCAGAGAUACUGCAACUGUCCGCUGUAGAUCCCGACUCUAAUGACGAAGUCCAUUACUCCAUCAGCUCUGGAGAUGAGUCUGAGCUUUUCUCAUUAGACCAGAGAACUGGAGUCUUGCGCCUGCUGCAGCCCUUAGACUGUGAAGGACAGUCCUCCCACACACUCAUUGUCCAGGCCUCAGAUGGGCUUGGACACUUUGCUCUUGUUCCUGUCAGCAUAGAAGUAAAGGAUAUCAAUGACAAUAAGCCAUAUUUCGCAUUAAGCACAUUAACAACAAGUAUUCGGGAGAACCAGCCACAGAAUGCUCUUGUCACUAGGCUCCAUGCUAUUGACCAUGACACAGGUACAUAUGGCCAGUUGAGAUACUACAUGAUGGACAAGUCAGGCAGUGCCAAGGAGUCUUUUGUGGUCGACCAGACUUCUGGAGAGGUGCGAGCUCGCUUUCCUUUUGAUUUUGAAAAAGUGAAUUCCUUCAGUUUUGUUGCUUUGGCAAUGGAUACAGGAAAUUAUUCUGCAACUGUCACAGUCCAAGUGUUUGUGACAGGAGAGGAUGAGUAUGACCCUGUGUUCACUAGCUCAGAAUUUUCCUUCUAUGUGCCUGACGGUGCAAAGAAAGGACAAAGCAUUGGACAGGUGCAGGCCAGUGAUGAGGAUGGGGGAGUGGAUGGCAUUGUCCUCUACACUCUCUCUGACAUCUCACCCUACUUUGAGGUCAACAAAUCUACCGGAGUCAUUUCCCUAAAGAUGGACAGCUACAGUCGGUAUGUGAGUCGCUCCAAAAGGGAGAUUCGCCAGAUAUCCCUAGAUCUAAUUGCUCAUAGUCCUUUGGAGAAUUCUCGCACAGCUUCAGUCAAAGUGACCAUUGAUGUCACUCACACAUCGUUUGGCUUGGACACCAGCAUAAAUCUACUUGUUGUUAGUAUCACUGCAGUUUCUUUAGCUGUCGUUGUCAUUUUGAUCCUCAUUGUUGUGGUGCUCUUCUUUUUGAAAUAUCAUCAGCAAAAAGAUCAAGAUGCACGCAACAGAUCGGCACCCCCUGGUACAGUACUGGAGAAGCUGGAGGAAACAAAAAUCCCUGGUAAUGACAAGAUAUAUCAUCAGACCUUGCCUGGAUAUGCACCAGUUCAGAGUGGGAGCACUGGAGGUUCCUAUAUUCGGGGAGGUUCUCUAGAUCCUUCCCACUCCAGUGGGCGAGGCUCAGCAGAGGCAGCAGAGGAUGACGAGAUCCGGAUGAUUAAUGAGUAUCCGCGUGUUUCCAGCAUCUCCUCUUCCAUGCAGGAACACAUAGCAGCUCGUGGACCUGAUUCUGGUAUCCAACAGGAUGCUGACCAGCUAUCUGACAUCUCCGGGGAUCCAGGAAUGGAUGCAAACCAGUGGUUCAAAGGGAAGAAAUUGGGAAGCCUCAGUGGGACGCUUGUCUCAGGCCAGCUUCCAGUCUAUCGGGACGAGGGGGGUGGAUACCUGGGUGUGGGAAGAGGCCUGAGCAUUUCACAUCCUAAAGACUACACUUUCCCAGAAGAUGGGAAACCUUCAGCGAAUGGCUCUUUAACAGCAAUAGUGGCGAGUGAUGAAGAAUUGCGGGGCAGCUACAACUGGGACUACCUCCUUAACUGGUGCCCUCAGUUUCAGCCCCUGGCCAAUGUCUUCACAGAAAUUGCCAGGCUGAAAGAUGAGAAUGCUCCGCCACAUCCCCGCCGACCUUUCCAGCCCAAAGCAAAGACUGACCCCAAGCCCAGAAUUGAUCCCCCACCCCUAAUCACCUCAGUGGCUCACCCUGGAGCCAAAACUGUCCCUCCAAAGCCUGCCAUCGGACAGAUUUUCCCUCAUUUAGCCCCCUUGCGGCGAUCGCCCACUACCCAUGAUAGCUCAGUGUCUACUGUUGCUAUGCCACCCAAUUUUUCUCCUUCUGUUGCCCCAUUAGCUACCUGCUCCCCAGCCAUUUCACCCUUUGGAGUUACCCAGGGUCCAUCUGCCUCCGUCAUUAGUCCCAAAGACAGUUCUCUGGAACAGAGUGAAGAGGCAGAGCUGAGAAUUUAA